GGGCCGCCCGGGGCUGGCGGCGAGAGGCCGUGACGGAGUCCCGGGCCGCCGGGGCGCCGGCGGGGCCCGGCGCAUGGCGGCUGCGGCGGGGAGCAUCACGACGCUGCCCGACGACGGAGGCAGUGGAGCGUUCCCCCCCGGGCACUUCAAGGACCCCAAGCGGCUCUACUGCAAGAACGGCGGCUUCUUCCUGCGCAUCAACCCCGACGGCAGGGUGGACGGCGUCCGGGAGAAGAGCGAUCCCCACAUCAAACUGCAGCUUCAAGCAGAAGAAAGAGGAGUGGUGUCAAUCAAAGGUGUGAGUGCAAACCGCUUUCUGGCUAUGAAGGAGGAUGGCAGAUUGCUGGCCUUGAAAUGCGCAACAGAAGAAUGUUUCUUUUUCGAGCGUUUGGAGUCUAAUAACUAUAACACUUACCGAUCGCGGAAAUACUCUGACUGGUACGUGGCACUGAAAAGAACUGGGCAGUACAAGCCUGGCCCCAAAACGGGCCCUGGACAGAAAGCUAUCCUCUUCCUUCCCAUGUCUGCCAAGAGCUGAUCUCCACCGCGUGUUCCCAGCGCAAACGCCGUACUACACUGAAGACGUUGGGGUUCCUGCUCCACUCCGAAGCAGCAAAUAUAAGCAACUCUCUGCUGAUUUUAACUGCUCUUGCAGAUAACAGCUUAAACCAUGAACGUUUCAUACUGCCUUUCUGUUGCUUUUUAACCUUGUUGUGACAGUGUGUGUGGAGGUAAGAUGAUGUGGAAAACAUAUUUUCAGGGUCAGCAGCAGUUCUGUUUCUUGCCAGAUCUCUGUGUAGAGCUGUUUUAUUUACCUUGUUUGCUUCAUAGGGUAAAGGCAAACCAAUCUGAUGCACACUUAGAGCAGUAUUUACUUUAAAAAUAAUUUAUAUCUCUCUGCAGCUUGUAAGAGAAGAAAUAAUUACUUUCUACUAAUAACCUGAGCAGAAGUCCAUAGCUAAUUUUCAUAUGGUCUACAUAACAGUACAGUAGUAACUAUAAGUUAUUAAUAUAAUGAAAUGUGAACUGUGUUGCUAUGGUGUGAUGUUUCUAUAGGACUCGGGCAGCUCCCUGUGGUACAGUUUGUAAAACAGGCCUGUGUAGAUGGCAGGAAGCUCCCUCAUGGUUAUAUCAAUUUUAUCAAACCCCUCCCGGUAGCCAUACAGCAAGAGCCUGGCUACGCUGCUGGUGAUGGGAGUGGUGUGUUCUGUCCUAGCCAGCUCAUCCAGGUCCAUCCACUCACACUUCAGGCACUCCUGCUGGCAGAAGCUGAUGGCAAAGGAGGAAGGCUGCAGGCGACAGAUGAUGUACAUAUCUGACUUCCCAAAGGCUCCAGGGUGCUGGUGUUGCUGUCUGAUGCUUAGGAUGGACUUGAACUCUGACUUGAUGCCAGUCUCUUCAAAAACCUCUCGAACUGCUGUGUCUCCUAGGUGAAAAGAGCAAACCUUACAGUACCUAUCAGAAUAGCUAAACACUCGUCAAACCUCUUGAUCAUGGAGAAUCUCUAGCUCAAAGCUUUCUGUGCUUCACCAGCUGAUCAGAAUGUUAGCCUGUUUGUUUCCACACAAGGAUAAGCUAAUUUUUUUGUCCCUGAACAAAUCUGGUUGCUGUGUGCCUUGCUUGUGUGUAUCCUGCAAAAUGCUGGAAGUAAGAAACUUCUGAUAGCACUGUACAGGGAUGGUUUGGAAAUGGACAUUCUGCUGGCUGCUGGCUCCGCUGAGCUCUCAGUCCAAGACAGUACUGCACCCUCUUUUCAGUUCUUUGCAUCUCAGCCCAUGUCUCUCCUAGUCUCUGUCCAGUUCCAGACCCCGUGCAGCUGAACCCCUGUACAUUACGUCAGACAAAUCAGUUUCACUGCACUUUGCCACAGGGUGUAUCAAAAUGGGUAGAAGUCGUUUGGAGAUCGUGGAAGCUGGCACUUCCUUUUCAAGAUGUGUCCAGGUCAGAUAUGCCCUAAUACCAGUACAGCCCCGUGCCUGAGGAAUACAUGUAGCACCUGAACGUUUGCUUACUCCCAAACGCCAAAGAGAUUUGGGAACACUUUGUAGAGAUUUGACUUCCUAGGGAAUCUUGUGUCUUUGUGUGUCGCAGGACCCAGACACGCAUUUGCUGGGUAGCUUCAAAUACUGGCAGUGACUUAAGACAUGCAAUGGCUAGCAACGUGUCAACAAAGUGCUGCAUUCAGCAGAGGCCAAACGUGCUGUUAAUGGCCCUGAUGCUGCACAUACUUAGGUCAGCUUCCGUCCUGCAGCAAAAUGAGCUGUGUGACGUUUACACUGAGCAUGCAGAGGUCUUUAAGAUCGGAACCUCCCCAGUGCCUGCAGAACGUUUUAUCACAGUGUUAGUUAGCAAACUACUGCAUAUGAGGUAAGAUCCUCAUUUACCAUUACUGGCAACUAAGCAGAGGCUGCAUUUGACAUUGUCCAGGGGCCUCUACGGUCCUCUGGCUAAAACUGGUGGCUGCAAAGAAAACUCCCUGUGGCAAGUGGUUUAACUGUUCAGCAAGGGGCUGUAUAAUACAGAAGUGGUCAAAGGUGAACAGCUGAGAGAUGAGGAAUGCUGAGGCAGGCUAUAGUUAAGAGAAAUGAACUAAUUAUGGAUUUUACUGAAGCUUUAAGCUUUGCUUUUAGAUAAAGUGCCUUUUUUGCUUCCCUUUUAUUUCAGUGUGUGUAUGUAUAUAUACAAAUACAUGGCAGAGUUAAAUUAGAAGGAACACUAGGGCUGAGUUUCAGUAACAUUCUGGUACAAAAAUGUGUGCCCUUUGCUUAAUCUGCAUUAUGAAACUAUUCCAGUAACUUGCAUGAGUCAGUUUGUACUCAAAGUGGGCAGCCAGCUUUUUCGUCCCUUCAUCUAACUACAAGAUAUUCAAACGUUGUAGCUGCAAUUUGUAUUUUAGUCCUUUAAAUGAUUCUGAAUUGCUAAGGUCUGAUGUAAGGACUAAAAAGGAAAAUUAGGCCCUCAUAUAUUUUAUGCUUCACUAAUCUAUAUCUUCUUCUAAUAUGAAGAUGAGAUGUAUUAGUAUAUAGUUGAGCAGUGGCAGGAGGGAAGCUGCAGGAGACUUGUCUUCUCCCAGGUGUUUCUCAGUGCCUAGAGCCAGGCUCCAGCCACCAUCUUACCUGUUCUCUGAGGGGUGGCAACUGGCAGAGUCAGUGACAGUGCUUCACUGGGGAAGCUGUUACCAAUGCUGGUCACUUUUAUCCCUCAAUACAAGCACCUCUCUGGUAUCCCCUGACCUGGGGCUGCUCUCUGUCACUCUGUGGAAGUGAACAGGAGCCUGGCUAGACAACAAGCAGAGUGGGAUUCCUCCAGACAGAGGAAUGUGUUUUGCUAUGUAACACCUAUUUGCAUUGUCAAGCAAGGAAUUCUGUUUUUAUCUCCCUGUUUGACAAAAAGACUUCACAACACGAGUCACGAAAGCUACAACUCCACCACAUACAUAUAAAACUCUCCUGCCCUGAACCUGAUGUUAUUAUCUCAUUACCAUUAAAGCCAUAGGGUCAUGUCCCCUUACCUAGUCACCAUUAGCUCAAAGAAGUGAUUAGUCAUAGGCUUGAUGUGGCUUACAAUGUGUUUCAAUACUGUUUAUGUCUUGAUGUCUGGACCUGUUGUCCUAGGACUUACCAAUGUCUUCACCUGGAUUAGCCAGACCUCCUGGAAAUUUCCAUGCAUUUAUAGUCUGUAUUGGAGGGAAAAAAGUACUGAUGAAGUAAGGUGCCUGUGCUGUACUCUAUAUGAAGGUGACAGUUCACACGUGAUUCUUUAGUUGAAGCUGCAGUAUUGCAAUGAGUUGCAUCAAUAAGGCUUUAGGAAGGAACUUGUUGCCCUUGUGAUGAUCAGAGAUAGCUACAGUCUGUAUGAAGUAUUGGAACACAAGACCUACUGAUUGAAAAUACAAACUGUCUAACAGUCAUUAGACAACAUUGCUGCUAGAUAACUAGGUAAGAGUAGUUGAAUAUUAAAAAAAGCUGCUAUAGACCAUAUAAUCUUGUAUUUAAUCACUAAUGUAUUCCACUGCCAUGAGUUUGGCUUUUAAACAGUGUAUAUAUAUUUAAUCUUACAACAGGUAUUAUGACUGUAGUACUGUUCUAUACUGCACUGGCUUUAAGAUGACUUUGUGUGCCUGUUACCAUUCAGUGUAACUUGGCAUUUGUUUUUAUGGAACAGAAAAGCUGAGGCCUUGUGUGCGAUUUAUAUCUGGAAGCAUUUAUUGAAUUGCAAUAAAGUUCAGUACUUAGAACAUGAAA